UUGACGCAUUUUCUUUUCGAAGCCAGAGUCGCGUGCAACCUCGACGCUCCAUCGUUUUUCUUUUAUACUUUCCCUGUUCGCGUUGUUCUUUCUUUAUUUCUUUAUUUCUUUCUUUCUUUCAUUCACGCGAGUCGAAUUGCGAUCAACUUGUUUCACUCGCGCCAACUGGGACGUUUUCUUCGACGGAGCUCCAUCUGUCCGCCAACAACAGCGGGAAAUACGAUUCAUCUUCGAUGAGAGAGAACUUUUCACCAGUGAUCCAUCGUGAACCGUACGCGACUUCCGGUUACCCUUCGACUACGCUGCGACUGUGAUUUCCGGCUACAUUGCCGUGACGAAGCAUGGCGCAAACUUACAAUCAGAAGAAGAACGUGUACAGCAUCGAUCAGAUAUUGGGACACGCGAAGGACGAAGAUCACGCGACCUCGUCCGAUGUGAUCGGCGAUGGAGGAGAUACGGAACUCGGUCAUUUGAGCGACCAUCAGAUAAACGAUGCUCUGCACGAUCCCUUAAAUCUAGGAGAGUCGGACCGACCACGCAAGGUUCGAAGGUCCCGUACCACCUUCACCACCUACCAGUUACACGAGUUGGAAAAAGCAUUCGGGAACACACAGUACCCGGAUGUGUUCACCAGGGAAGAGUUGGCGAUGAGGCUAGAUCUGUCUGAAGCUAGGGUACAGGUUUGGUUUCAAAACCGUCGAGCAAAAUGGCGCAAGAAGGAGAAGUCUCUGGGAAGAGAUACCAGUUUCAUGCACGUGGAACAAAGCGGUGUCAACGAGUUGUCCCUUCACGCCCGCCUGCUCCAAACGGCCGGCGGUGUGCCAGGUGCGGAUCCAUCGGGAGGACCAGCGGGUGCCUUUCCCUGGUUCAUCCCGCCGGUGUUCCCACCACCGUGGCCGGCCAGUGCACCGAAACUUCCCCCUUUGCACGCAAUCCUCUCGCAGUACAUCGGCCUACCCCUUCCGCAGAACCUGGCGUCUCUCGGUACAGUACUUCCGGUCGGCUUGAACCCGGCAUCGUCCCUCAACCACAAUAACGUAAACGGACACUCGCUUGGCAGUCAUCUACCAGGACAUUCGUUGAACCUUGGGGUGCAGAGUCUGCCGCAGAAUUUAAGUUCGAAACACGACAAGGAGGAGGAUUCGGCCUCGUCCGACGACGAGAUCAGGAGACAAAGCGCCGAGGUUCUCAGAGUGAAGGCUGAAGAGGUUCUACGCAAGGUGGAUAAUUAACUGUGAAGAUUCUAAUGACGAACGAUGGCCUGAUGUAAAUAUCGAGGAAGGUACUCGGGAUCGGAGAGGACUACUGACGGAGUGGUGCGAUUGAUCGAGAACAAUCAGGAAUGAAUCUAAUGUAUAUUGUAUGAAAGGUUCAAUUAGGAUGUAAUGUAAGGGUUGAGAACUCUGUUGCAGUGAAAUGCAACCUAGUCUAUUUAGGUUAGCCGUGGGAUGGCGACUGAAAUCGUUUCGUCAACUAUGGAAUUUGGUACUAAUAUAUUUUUUUUUGAGUUAACGAUGCGAAGACGUCGAAACCGCUGGCGGUUUUUCUAUGGCUUAGAAGUACUUCAUUUGAUCAGCAAGUGUUAAUGUUCAAAUUAUCUUCUUGAUUAUAAUCGACGAUGCAUGAAGAUAGAGCAUCAAAUUAAAUGAUUUUGCCUGAAUACGAAACGAUCGAGGCUACCCCACGGCGAAUGAGCAAUUUUUGUAAUAUACAUGUAUAAUACGCAAACGUGCAUAUAUAUAUAAACAAAAUAUAGAUCACGUACAAUAUCUUUUCAU